CGGGACAGAGGGUGCAAUUCUCGCGGAAGCAUCGCAUCGCUGUUAGAGCGGCAGGGAAAGAAGGCUCCUCUGUGAGAAGAUCUCUCAGUUCAGUCAAGCAUGUCGCUUUCGCGUUUGCAGGGACAUCUACCCAAACACAAGAGACUGCGAGGCUACCAGUGACUUUACUUCCAGGCAGACUGAAGGGUUUUGUCGUCAAACAGACCAAGCAGAGGAAAAUGUCUCGGUGGAUACGGUCCCCGCUGCUGCUGCUGCUGCUCCUACUUCUCUCGAUGUGUGAAGUUCAUGCUCAAGGGGAAAACCGGGUGAUCUUCCUGCCGGGAACGUUCCAGAAUGUGAGCGUCUCCCACAAUGAGACGGUGCAGGCCAUAGUGUCCAGAAUCCCCCCGGAGGUCGCUUUCGUUACCCUGCAGUUUCACACGCAGCACCGCAACGCCACUCUCUCCUACACCAGGAUGCCGGGCCUGGGUCUCUCUCUGACAGCAGUGGACUCUGGCCUCCUGUCAGCUCUCCAGCCGGGCCAAACGACCCUCUCGCUGUUCCUGUCUUCUCCUGACGGUGACACGGUGGCAGGCACCGGGGUCAUCCUCCCAUUUUCCAGCACUGACCCAGUCCCUGGAGCUUGCAACAUGGAGUUCAACCUUGAAAUCGACCCAAAUGUCUACAUUCGCUACAACCUCUACGAGACCACCAUCCGCUUUGCACCAGCAAAUUUAGGAUAUGAGAGGGGUGCAGUUCCUCCAGUCUGCGACGCAUCGACUGGGAGCAACACCCGCUGGCGACUGCAGUACGACGUCUACCGGUACUUCCUGCCUGAGAACGACCUAUCAGAGCGCAGCCUGUUCAGUGGCAUUCAGACCGUGGCUGAUGUCCAGGGCAUGAUGGAGAACGGCAAACGCGUCAUGACGUUGUUAUCGUCAGACCUGAGCACGGCCGUGUUCAACUCCAUCCCCGGGCAGGGCGUCAUCUACUCAGUCAUCGUCAGAGACCCGCUGCUGAACACCUCGGCCUCCUACGUCCCCGUCCACACCUACGCCUGCAGCUUCACCUCCACUCUGGACAGCUGUCAGACACUGGGAAAGAUAUCUACAAAAGUUUUUUUCACCAUCACUGGCUUGGCGGGCCUGUUUGUCUGCUUCUUUGGGCAUCGAUUCUUCAAAUGUGAGUUGUUCUGCAUGGGAUUUAGCUUUACAGCGUUUUUCUUCUUUGUGCUGAUCACAAGGACCACAGAGCUGAACUAUGACAUCUGUCUGACCCUGUCGGCAGUGAUCGGCGUGGUGGGCGGGGUCCUCCUGGUGAUGAGCUGGUGGCGUUUCGGGUCAGUCAUGGCCUGCGUCGUCGUGGUGGGCCUGAUGCUCGGCUUCCUCAUCGCCUCCACCGUCCUCUUCACUCCUCUUGGCGACAUCGACGUGUUCAGACGCUCAGAUGUUGUUUUCUGGGUGACGUUCUGCUGCAUCAUGAUCAUAGUUCCACUCUUCUUCGUGCGAUGGCCCAGAGAGGGUAACAUCACCACAUGUGGCAUUGUCGGUGCUUACGCUGUGAUUCUGGGUGUCAACGCCUACAUUUACACCAGCCUCUCCUACAUCACGCUGAACAUCCUCAAACGCUUCCUCAACAACAACUUCAAUGCAAUGUUCACUGACGUGCCGUUCCAAACCAUUGACUACAUCAUGAUCACAGUGUGGGUGGUGCUCGGCGUCUGCGGCAUCGUCCUGCAGCUCUACCGCGAGCGCUCGCGGCCGUUCUUCCCGCCCAGCCCGUACCUCAUGUGGCUGCAGGAACGCGAGCGCCGCAAGACCAACGUCCUGGACCCGAGCCACCACUUCCCCUCGCUGCCCAACCGCUUCCUGGCCCGCGUGCAGCAGCUCACCAGGCGCAUGGAGCCGGCUGGAGAACACACGCCUCUGCUCCUGUGAACCCGGAACGCCCGGUCUGAGUCUGAGCUGAAAGGAAGAAUAUCCCUGUGAUGCAUUUCUGACCUGCUGCAGAGUUACAAGGAAACCAGAGAAGAGGAGUGUUGUUCCUCAUGACUGGUGCAGGGAUUUGACCCCAGAUCAGCUAACUGAAAGACACUGAGGGGGAUUAUAUCACUGACAUUCUCCUGACAACUAACGCCAGUUUUAUUAAACACUGAAACAUUUUAGCUGAUCAAGAUCCUCGAAUGUCUAAAGAAACUAAAAUGUAGGUGCUGAUGCUUCGUGGUACCUGUCGCUUCUGCUCAUUUUACUGUUUGCACUGAAGUCACAAACUACUAAUGAUUUACACAGCGAGGCAUUGUAUCUGCGGAGAGUCAGAUUAAUACGACCAACAUUGUUUUUUAAGGGUCAGAACAAAGUAUUUUAUAUCAAAAACUGACACAGAAAUGCAGUUUUUAUGCUUUAGUCUUUACGCAAAUUACAAAGGAAAACAGUGUUCCUCCUCUGUAAUCACUCGGAACAUUGUUUUAACUUCUGCUUACCUACACCUGACGGUCCGGUUAGUCGUCUUGUACUUUGCACACCUGAUUUUAAUAUAUUUAAAUGUUCUUGGUGUAACUGUGCUGAUUAAUGUGUCAAUCUCUCACCUGCGUGCCGUGACUUUUCUCAGGGUUUCACACUCAGCUUUUAGACUACGAUGCACUGAGACAACUUUGGAAAACUUUGACCUGCUCUCUCUGCCUGUAGAUGUCUGUCAGUAUUUUAUGUAGCUACGAGCUGAACCUUGUGGUCCCCUGACUUUUUUUUUUAGAAACAAAAACACCCAAAACAAUAUGCAGACAUGUUUUUUGAAAAGGUCAAUUGUAAUUUGUAAUUUAACAUUUUUGAUAUUUAAUAAAUUCCUACAGGUAAAAGCC